AUGGUGUCAGUGGAAAAUGUAAAAAAUUUAGUAAAACUUUGUCGAAUUUUCCAAAAUGUUAAAAUUUCACUGAGCGUAGAAAGUGGUAGGAGCAGCUGUUUUUUUAGGACUGUUGCUACUGAUGUGGCUGCUACUGCGGUUACUGUAGGUACUCCGAUGUCUGGUUCUAUCACCGCUGCUAUAACCGCUGCGGCAGGCACUACUACCCCUAUCACGAACAAUGUCAAGGAGAAAGAGUCGAAGAGCGAAGCCGAGGAAAACUAUUUAGCAGAGUUUGUUAAUGGGGGAAAAAAAAUAAUAUAUGACAAUAUGAACGAUUUAAAUGCAUUAUGCUUAACAAAAUUGAAAAAACUCAAAGCGGAUGUACAUAUACUAACGUCAUCGAACAGGGAAUACGUGCCAUACUAUUUUUAUGACUUCUUCCUCGCACACUAUUCUUUUCAAAGUAAUUAUAAUAAUUGCUUAGAUAAAAUUGAAGCGUUAAAAAAAAUGAAUGAUAGUAUAGGAAAUAAUGAAAUGAAAGCGGAACAGAUAAUAGGUAAUAAUUUUUUUUUUUGUUCAUCUGAAGAUAACACAUUCAUCAUUAAAAAUAGAAAAUUAAUAAUUUAUGAUAAAAAAGAGGAAAAAACGCACAUAUAUUGUAAUAGGGAAGCUGUUCAAAAAGGAAUUUUCAUUCACAACAACUAUGAUAAAUACGCGCCAGACGCAUUAUGCACCACUACAGAUAAAUGUAGUACACAUUACGAUAAAGCAGUUUUGCAUUAUAAUGAGGUAAACCAUAUGAACAUUGAUUCAUUUAUUAAGUUAAGUCUAGAAAAAAAUUUUCGCAUGAAAUAUGUUACUACUGUUCAAUAUUGUUUAUUCCCAUUUUUUUUAAAGAAUUUUGAUGUCCUAGUUCAUUCAUUUAAAGGUACUGGAAAAACGCUAGCUUAUUGUAUACCACUUUUACAUAAAAUAAUAGUCCAAAUAAAUAAUUUGAAAAGAAAUUGUACAAUAAUAAAAGAAAAUUAUGUUCUUGCGCUUGUUGUUUGUCCAAAUAUAAUUUUAGUUGAACAAACUUAUGCAAUUAUUAAAAAAUUAAUUAUGUACCAUCCAUGUAAUAUCAUAUGUCAUUAUAUACAUGGAAGAAAAUAUAUGAACAUGCAAGACGAAAUUAAUGAAUUAAAAAAAAAAAAGCCACAUGUAAUUGUAACAACACCUGUAUCUUUUAUAAAUCAUAUCAAGUUUUCAACAAAUUUUUCAAGAAUGUUUUUUUUAUGUGAUACAUUAAUUAUUGAUGAAGCUUAUUUUCUUUUAAAUCCAAACUAUCUUAAAAAUAUUUUAAUUAUAAAAAACGUUUUACCUAAAGGACAUCAGACAAUUUUAUUAACAUGUCUUGUUAAUAAUUUUUUAAAGCAUUUAGCAUAUAGAUUUUUACGAUUAAAUUAUGUGCAUUUAAAUUUUGUUGACAAUUGUAUUUAUGACAGCAAUAUUUUUCAUGCAGCUGCUCUCAUGAACAUAAUCAAUUUUAAUUCAAAUGAAAAAUUAAACUACAUUAAUUAUAUUAGUAAAAAUAAAAACAGCCGCCUUUUCCAGUUGCACCACGAGCUUAAUGCUAAGUUGAUAACUAUGUAUAGACAUAACAUAUUGAACUGCGACGAUUUGGGAAAACUCUGGCAUUGCAAAGACGCUACGACAUUUUAUCAAAACGUCAACGCGUUUAACUCGUAUAUAGUGAACAGCUCUGUAGGCAGUUCAUCUGAUAAGCAACUGGACUUUCAAAAUGAUUUUUUGGCGGGGCACAAAAGCGGUAAUAAGAGCAUUAGCAUCAAUAGCAGCCGUAGCGGCAACAUCAGUAACAGCAGCUGUAGUACCAAGGUUGAUAUUGGGCAAGGUGAACAAAGCAAAGAGCAUUUAGGGAAUGACGCACCUGAUGGAAAGGGAAAAAACAGUAACACCGAACACAGUGUAAAUGAGAAAAAUAAUUUAAACUUGUGCGAUAAAAGAAACGAACUGAUGGAUGAAAAUAACAGUAAAAUAAAUACUAAAAGAAAAAUAAAAAGACGGACGGAAGAGAUUACGGAAGAGAUUACGGAAGAAUUCAUAUAUAGAGGUACUCAAAAUGAUGAAAAAAUAAAAAAAUUAAAAUUAAAUAAUAGUGAUUAUAAUAAUUACACAGUUUAUAGUAAGAACUGUGUGAAAUAUGAAGAAAAUAAAGGGAAAAAUAUACCUACGCACAUAUUUUUAAAACAAGAAUAUUUAAUAUACGAAUCGGACAAACUUGCUUUAAUAUUAUUCAAUAUAAUUUGUAAAGAGCUUUUAUCAAAUGAUAAUAUAAAUAUUGUUAUUUUUAUGCCAACAGUUAAAAUGGUACAAUUUUUUUAUGUCAUUUUUAAGCAUUAUAUAUUUAAGGGGUACAUAUUUUUACUUUAUUUAAAAUUGAAUAAUUCGUUAAAAAAAAAAAAUUUAUUUUUUAUAUCCCAUUAUUAUGAUAAGGAAAAUGUAAAUUUUUCUGUUUCUUCUGAUCCUUUUGUUUCCAUUGAUCAUGUCUUACCUAAUUCGUCAAUCGAAAAUUCCAAAAAGGAAGUAAACGAUUUAGGUAAAGGAAAAGAUGCAUUUUGUUACUUUAGCGAGGAGAUUUAUGCUAAUUGUAGCAAAAGCAGUGAACAAAGUGAAAUUCAAUCGGACUGUUUAAAUGAACAAAAUGAAUAUAAACUUCAGGAUGAAGAAGAAUUUUGUUAUGAAAAAGGAGGAGAAAACAAUACAAUAUAUCAAAAAGAAUAUGAACAAUUGAAAGAUAUGUUAAUUUCCUGCCUACACAGCAAAUUGAGCUUGGAUAAAAAAAUAUAUACAUUGAAUAAUUUUAACAAUUCAGAAAAAAAAAAAAAAAUUUUAUUUUCUACCUCUAUGGUAUGCCAAGGAAUUGAAAUAGAUAAUGUAGACUUAGUAAUACAGAUAGGUGUGUGUGCAAGUAUUGAUGAAUAUAUUUUAAGGACAAACAUUGCUACAACAAAAGCUAUGCAAGGAAGAAGCUUAUUAUUAUUAAACGAAUUAGAGGGACAUUAUUUAUUUAUUUUGUAUAAAAAUAAUAUUAUUAUUAGUAGCAUAAGUAAGAAUUAUUUAAAUUAUAUAUAUAAGGAGAACAAUUUGUUAUAUACUUUGUUGAAGUAUAAAAGACGCAAUAAAAAUGUGAGUGAGAAUAGCUUACAAAAGAGCAAUUAUAUAACAAAUAAUUUAAUAAAGGUUAAGAAAGAAGACAAUAAUUAUGAUUACAAUUUGGAGGGGGAACAAAUUAAAUUAUGUAAUGAAGAACUACAAAAUUAUGGUGAUAAUAUAGACAAAGGGGAAACGUUCAAUUUUUUUUAUAAUUCUCAGAUAAGACAUGUUGAAUGGCAUAAACAUAAUCAUUUAUUAUGUUCAUGUGAAUUGAUGUACAGAUCAUUACUAGGUUUUUAUUGUGAAAAAAACGAAAAUUUUAAAUUUGAAAAAUGGCAAGUACCAAGUUUAAUUAAAAAUAUCAUUUAUUCUUUUGGCUAUUUUGAAAAUUUUUAUAUAACAAAAUCCAUGGCUGCGAGACUUCAAGUUCUGAAUGCGCCUGACGUGUACAUAAAAUUUCAUGCAAAAUCCAAGAGUGUGUUAAUGUCUGCACUGCCGUCUUACAAAGGGUACAAGUCCAGAAUUAACGAAUUAAACCACAAAUGUUAUGCGGGAGGAAGUUCUACGAGAAGUUCAAUGAGCAGAUCAAUGAGCAAUUCGUCAAAUAACGUAAUAUAUAAUGGAAAGGAGUCCACGUCUACCGAAUCCUACAAUGGAAGCGGCAUUUCUUUGGGGCAUACUCGAGUAAAUCGAACUAUUUUAGAAGAAAAUUCAAGAAUGAUGGACGAAUAUACAAAGGGAGAAAAAUGCAAAAAAACAUUUAUAAAAAAAUGUCCUUUAUAUUUUCCAAUUCAGAAAUAUUUAUUAUAA